CUCUCUCAUUCCAAAGGCAAAGAAUUAUUAGUGCUGCUUUCUUCCCAACUGCUCUGUGCUGAAAAAACGACACGAACACUUGCAGCGGAGAAAUUUUGGAGUCUGGUGGGGCGCUGGGAGGGGUGACAUGGGUGGUAGUGAUCAUGUGGAUCAGCAGAAACAAAAGAAGAAGAAGAAGGGAAGUAGAAGCAGUGGUAUUUCUUUUCGUUUGAUUUUCAUGCAUGCGGAUGGUUGGGAUACGUUGUUGAUGGGGCUGGGAUUGUUGGGUGCGUUCGGUGAUGGGGUUUCCAUGCCUGCUAUGCUGCUGGUUACCAGCAAGCUGAUGAACAGCUUCGGAGACUCUCAGACUUCAGUGACUGAUGAGUUUAGUCACAACAUCAACAAGAAUGCACUUGUUCUUUGCUACAUGGCUUGCGCGCAAUGGGUCGCUUGUUUUCUUGAGGGAUAUUGUUGGACAAGAACAGCAGAAAGACAAGCUUCAAGGUUAAGGACAAGAUACUUGAAAGCUGUAAUGAGGCAAGACGUCGGCUACUUUGAUUUGCAUGUAACCAGCACGGCUGAGGUCAUCGAAAGUGUUUCCAGUGAUAGUCUAAUAAUUCAGGACGCCAUUAGUGAAAAGGUUCCGGUUUUCAUCAUGAAUCUCUCGACGUUCUUUGGAUCCUAUAUCGCGGCAUUCAUCAUGUUGUGGAGAUUAGCAAUCGUGGGAUUUCCAUUUGUAGUAUUCCUACUCAUACCAGGUUUGAUGUACGGCAGGACUCUGAUGAGCAUUGCAAGAAAAGUCAGGGACGAGUACAGCAAAGCUGGUGCAAUAGUAGAACAAGCCAUCUCUUCCGUCCGCACGGUUUAUUCCUUUGUUGGAGAGAGCAAGACUAUUGCUGCAUAUUCUGCUGCUCUUCAGGGGACUGUGAAGUUGGGACUGAGGCAAGGAUUAGCCAAAGGUUUAGCCAUCGGCAGCAACGGUGUUGUCUUUGCAAUUUGGUCCUUCAUGUCUUACUAUGGCAGUCGAUUGGUCAUGUACCAUGGCGCUGAAGGAGGCACCGUUUUUGCUGUUGGAGCUGCAAUUGCUAUUGGUGGACUAUCACUGGGUUCGGGCUUGUCCAAUGUGAAGUAUUUUUCUGAAGCGAGUGCGGCCGCAGAACGUAUAAAGGAAGUCAUUAACAGAGUUCCCAAAAUCGAUUCGGACAGUGUGGAAGGCCAAAUACUACAGAAUGUAUCUGGAGAAGUUGAGUUUAAACACAUUGAAUUUGCCUAUCCGUCGAGACCUGAAAGCAUAAUUUUCGAAGAUUUUAAUCUGAAAGUCCCGGCAGGAAAGACUGUGGCAUUAGUGGGUGGAAGUGGAUCCGGAAAGUCAACAGUGAUUGCUCUGUUGCAGAGAUUUUAUGAUCCACUUGGUGGUGAAAUUCUCCUUGAUGGAGUAGCCAUCGACAAGUUGCAACUCAAGUGGCUAAGGUCACAAAUGGGCUUGGUUAGUCAGGAGCCGGCUCUCUUCGCUACCUCAAUUAAGGAGAACAUACUAUUCGGCAAAGAAGACGCAUCUAUGGAAGAGGUCAUAGAGGCUGCCAAGGCUUCUAAUGCUCAUAACUUCAUCACUCAGUUGCCUCAAGGUUAUGACACUCAGGUUGGUGAGAGAGGAGUGCAGAUGUCUGGAGGCCAGAAGCAGAGAAUAGCAAUAGCUAGAGCCAUAAUCAAGGCACCCAAAAUUCUUCUACUUGAUGAGGCCACGAGUGCUCUUGACUCAGAAUCUGAACGAGUCGUCCAAGAAGCUCUUGACAAGGCAGCCGUUGGACGCACCACCAUCAUCAUAGCCCAUCGUCUUUCCACCAUCCGCAAUGCUGACCUUAUUGCAGUUGUCCAAAACGGCCAGGUCAUGUCGAUGGGUUCACAUGAUGAGCUUAUACAAGAUGAAAAUGGCCUCUACUCUUCACUAGUUCGCCUCCAACAAACUGAGAAAACCAAAGAAUUCACCACUCCUAAUAGUGUUGGACCAGCAUCCCUAACAAACAACGACAUCCACAACACGAGCAGCAGACGGCUCUCAAUAGUCAGCCGGUCCAGUUCAGCCAAUUCGGCUGCACCAAGCCGAGGAGUAGAUGUGACAAUCGUGUUCAGUGAUCAAGUUUUCUCGAAGCCUUCAUUUAGAAGAUUACUGGCUAUGAAUUUGCCAGAGUGGAAGCAAGCAACGAUGGGUAGUAUAAGUGCAAUAUUGUUUGGUGCUAUUCAGCCACUAUAUGCAUUUGCAUUGGGAUCGGUGAUAUCAGUUUAUUUUCAACAAGAUCAUAGUGUGAUCAAGGAGAAGAUAAAAAUAUAUUCGUUGUGUUUUCUCGGGUUGGCUGUGUUCUCACUCUUGAUCAAUGUUUGCCAACACUACAACUUUGCUGCAAUGGGAGAGCAUCUGACAAAGAGAAUCAGAGAGAGAAUGUUGUCGAAGAUGCUUACUUUUGAAAUUGGUUGGUUCGAUCAGGAUGAGAAUGCCACGGGUGCUGUAUGCUCUAGACUAGCCAAAGAUGCCAAUGUGGUGAGGUCUCUGGUAGGUGAUCGGAUGGCACUGCUCAUCCAGACAUUCUCUGCAGUAACCAUAGCUUGCACGAUGGGUCUUGCCAUUGCUUGGAAGCUUGCUUUAGUAAUGAUAGCUGUACAGCCCCUAAUCAUCAUCUGCUACUACUGCAAGCGCGUCCUGCUAAAGAACAUGUCGAAAAAGGCAAUGAAAGCUCAAGAUGAGAGUAGCAAGCUUGCAGCAGAAGCCGUCUCCAAUCUUCGUACUGUGACGGCCUUCUCUUCCCAGGCUCGAAUCCUCGAAAUGCUUGAGAAAACCCAAGAAGGGCCUAAAAAAGAAAGCAUACGACAGUCAUGGUUCGCAGGCAUUGGGCUCGGUACCUCCCAAAGUCUCAUGACAUGCACUUGGGCCUUAGACUUUUGGUAUGGUGGCAAACUUAUAGCAGAGGGCUUCAUUGGAGCAAAGGCUCUAUUUCAGACUUUCAUGAUCUUGGUGAGCACGGGCCGUGUCAUAGCCGAUGCUGGAACUAUGACCAAUGAUCUAGCCAAAGGGGCAGAUGCAGUAGGAUCCGUUUUUGCUGUUUUGGAUCGGUAUUCCUUGAUCGAACCAGAAGAUCCAGACGGCUACAAGACCGAUAAGCUAACCGGCCAUGUCGAGCUUCGUGAUGUUGAUUUUGCCUAUCCGGCUAGACCAAACACAAUCAUCUUCAAAGGCUUUUCCAUCUACAUUGAGGCAGGAAAAUCAACUGCACUAGUAGGACAAAGUGGCUCAGGGAAAUCAACUAUAAUAGGCCUCAUACAAAGAUUCUAUGAUCCAUUACGAGGCGUGGUGAAAAUCGAUGGACGAGAUAUCAAGUCAUAUCAUCUGAGGUCACUGAGGAAGCACAUUGCACUUGUUAGCCAAGAACCAACACUAUUUGCCGGUACCAUACGACAGAACAUCACUUACGGAGCAUCAGAAGACAUCGAUGAAGCUGAGAUCAUUGAAGCAUCCAAAGCAGCCAAUGCACAUGACUUCAUCGCUGGACUAAAAGACGGCUACAACACAUUCUGUGGAGACAGAGGACUGCAGCUAUCCGGCGGACAGAAGCAGAGAAUCGCAAUAGCUCGUGCCAUACUGAAAAAUCCUGCAAUCUUGUUACUAGACGAGGCCACAAGUGCGUUGGACACGCAGUCGGAGAAAGUGGUACAGGAUGCGCUUGAGAGAGUGAUGGUGGGAAGAACUAGUGUGGUAGUUGCACACAGGCUGAGUACCAUACAGAACUGUGACACAAUUGCUGUCUUGGACAAGGGAAAAGUGGUUGAGAAAGGGACUCAUUCUUCCUUGCUGGCUAGAGGGCCAAAAGGAGCAUACUAUUCACUUGUUAAUCUACAGAGAACUCCAGCCGCCAACCAGACAAUUAACUAAUGUUUUGCCUACUUUUUCUCAGGCCUUUAACAUUUAGUUGAAUCCAUGUGAGUGAGAUUCUGAUGAUUUUGAGGCCUCCUUCAAACCCUUUUUUUUUAACCAUUUUUGGAUAGUAAGGUGAAUGUAAUAUUCUGGAAAAUUCUUAAUUUAAUAUGUACUUCUGGUAUGUGUAAAUGUACAUAUAAAAUUUACAAAUCUUCAAAGUUCCCUGUCUAUGCUUAUGUAUU